AUGUCUGAUUAGAAAUAACCCCAAGACCCUCCUAGUUAAGAAAUAGAAGAAUCCAAAGAAGACCCAAAUUAAGAGUCUAAAAACGCCCAAAAAAAGAGACUUAAAGCCGAAAAAGCCGCUAAAGAAAAAGCCGAAAAAUAAUAACUAAAAUAAUAAAAAGAAAAAGAAAAUCCCUAAAAAGAAAAAAAGAAAGACGAAAAACCCGAAGAAGAACUUGACCCAGCUGCCUAUUAUGAAAAUCGUUCGAAAUAAAUCCAAACAUACAUGUAAACCAAGACUAUAGUUCCUUAUCCCCACAAAUUCCAUGUGACCCACACUAUAGCUGAAUUUAUAGCCGAAUUUGAUUCCUAAUUAAAAGAAAACGGUACUUUUAUUGAAAAAAAUGUCUCAUUAGGCGCUCGUAUUACCAACAUUAGAGCGGCCGGAAAAGCUUUAGUCUUCUAUGAUGUUCGUCAAGAAGGAACCCGUUUAUAGGUUUUAUGUAAUAAAUAAUUACAUGAAAUAGGUGAUUUCGAUUAAGCACAUUCAGUCUUUAGAAGAGGUGAUAUAAUUGGAGUUACUGGAAGACCUCAUAGAAGUAAAAACGGAGAACUUUCUAUUGCUCCUGGGAAAAUCUAAUUAUUAUCCCCUUGUUUACAUAUGUUACCUUCAUUACACACAGGUUUAAAGGACUAAGAAACUAGAUAUAGAAAAAGAUAUUUAGAUUUAAUAAUGAAUCCUUAAAUAAGAAAUGUUUUCAUUACGAGAACUAAAAUAAUCUAGUACGUAAAAAAAUACCUAGAUGAUAGAGGUUUUCUUGAAGUUGAAACUCCUAUGAUGAAUAUGAUUCCUGGUGGUGCUACCGCUCGUCCUUUUAUCACUCAUCACAACGAUCUAAACUUAGAUAUAUAUAUGAGAAUUGCUCCUGAAUUGUACCUAAAAACACUCGUUGUAGGUGGUUUAGAAAGAGUAUAUGAAAUGGGUAAAUAAUUCAGAAAUGAAUCUAUUGAUUAAACACAUAAUCCAGAAUUUACUUCCUGUGAGUUUUAUUAGGCUUAUGCUGAUUAUGAAGAUUUGAUGAAUUUAACUGAAGACCUAUUAUCUAAUUUAGUUAAAUCAAUUACUGGUUCUUAUAAAAUAGUCUUCCAUCCUUAAGGAAAAGAUAAGCCUGAUGUUUCUUAUGAAAUUGAUUUUACACCACCUUUUAAGAGACUUCCUAUGAUGGAAACUUUAAGUUAGAAACUUGGAGGUAUUCAGCUGCCUACUGAUUUGGAAAGUGAAGAAGCCCUGAAGUUCUUUGAUGAACUUGCGAAAAAGCAUAAGGUAGAUUGUGCCAAUCCAAGGACUAUAUCAAGACUUAUUGACAAGUUAGUUGGUCAUUUUAUCGAAGUUGAUCUUAAAAACCCUACUUUUAUUACUGAACAUCCCUAAAUAAUGUCUCCACUUGCUAAAUGGCAUAGAAGUAAGCCCGGUUUGACUGAAAGAUUCGAACUUUUCGUGAAUUAUUAUGAAUUAUGUAAUGCUUUUACAGAACUAAAUGACCCAUUUAGGUAAAGAAAAAUCUUUGUUUAACAAAUUGAAGAUAAGAAAUAAGGCGAUGUGGAAGCUAUGGGAUAUGAUAAGGACUUUUGUGACUGCUUAGAGCAUGCUUUACCACCUACUGGUGGUUGGGGUUUAGGUAUUGAUAGAUUAGUAAUGCUUUUAACUGAUAAUAUUAAUAUUUAAGAAGUCUUGCUAUUCCCAGCUAUGAAACCUAUUAUUGAACAACAAAAGAAUACUAAUAAUAAUAAUAAUUAAAAUUGAUUUUUUUGUUAUUUUUUUUUGUGAGUGUG